GCAGAAAUAAUGAGUGAAACAGCUCGCCCUCGCUGGUUUUUUGCCUUCUUCUACCUGACUGUUCCCUUCUUCUUCUUCUUCAGUUCAGGUGUAGUAGUGACAGCAAAAUUAUUAACAGAUGAAGAAAACCAAGAAAUUUUCUCAAGAUCUGACUUUACUCAAUUAGAUGAUGUUCCAGUAGUGAACCCUACAACCCCAGGGACAGAUAAUCCAUACCCCACAGUGAACCCAACAAAUCCUCAAACACCAGACACAACAGGGCAAACCCCAACAAUUCCUCAAACACCAGACACAACAGGGCAAACCCCAACAAUUCCUCAAACACCAGACACAACAGGGCAAACCCCAACAAUUCCUCAAACACCAGACACAACAGGGCAAACUCCAACAAUUCCUCAAACACCAGACACAACUGGGCAGACCCCUCCAACAGUCCCAAACACAAACACAAACCCUAACCCUAAUCCUCCUGCAACAUCAUCAGGAGGGGGUCAAUGGUGUGUUGCAAGCCAGGGAGCUUCAGACACAGCUCUGCAGGUGGCUCUUGAUUAUGCUUGUGGCUAUGGAGGAGCAGAUUGUUCAGCAAUCCAACCAGGAGCAAGCUGUUAUAACCCUAACACUGUCAGGGACCAUGCUUCUUAUGCUUUCAAUGAUUACUACCAGAAGAAUCCUGCUCCUACAAGUUGUGCGUUUGGAGGAACUGCAACACUCACUAGCACUGACCCAAGUAAUGGGAACUGCCGCUAUGCAACUCCCAAAACACAAAGCAUUAGUCCACCAACCUAUGUAACUCCACCAAGUCCACCAAGUCCUAUUAUGACUCCAACUACUCCAACUACAACAAUGGCUGGUGGUGGAUCAACAGACUUUGGUUUGGAGCCAACAGAAAGCCCUAACUCAGCCACAUCUCUUUCUUCUUCCUUGCUUUUGUUGUCCAUCACAUGUACCAUCUGGGUCUUCCUUCUGGUGCCAAAGCACUACUAGAUUGGAAAAAAGAUUCAAUUUUUCUUCGGGGCUCUGCCGCUCGCUUAUCCACUCAUUUUUCUUUAUGGGAAGCAGAGAAUCACAUCAACAGUGCAUAUUUGUUAUGGAAGAAUUCUCAGUCAGGCUCAAUCUAUCGAAGAUGAAUAGAUUAAAUCAGUUAUGAAUAGAGAGAUAUGUAUGCACGUCAACAUUGGUUCAGACUGAAAAGUUUUGUCUGACAUGCGUAUUUCUCUUUUUGUUUAAUUGGUCUAUGUGUCUUUUGGUAUGUUAGGUCUAGUUAAGAAUCUUCCUUUGUUAUUUGAAGUUAUGCUGUCAAAAUUUAUGCUAUUUUUCAUCGUUCAGUACCCUUUAGUUGAUCAUUAAGCAACAGAAGUUGUAGGAUCAAUCACCAGGCUGUUGAAGGCAAUUUUCUGCAGUAUUAGCGUAAAAAUUAUUGGAUAAUAGUUUUUCAUUUAGAAUUUUUGUAAGCCUCUGAAACCCAUGUCAUGUAUCCCUCAGUUUAAUAAAUGAAGUACGUUAGUUACAUUCAACAACUUACUAAAA